CUCUAUGGAUCAAGUUAACAAGAACAACCAACAAGAUGAAUUUUGUAUUUUGGUGAUGAUUGAUGGAACAUAAAUUAAUAUCAUUAAAAAAUCCACGUUAUUACGUAGAUAUACAAACUCAACUAGCUUAAAAGUGAACAAGUAUUUGGAAAUUUGUGAGAUUAUUUUUAUAAAAUUACCAAUAUUCUCUUUGAGCGACAGAAGUGCCUAAGAACUUAUUAAUUAUUUGCAUUAUUUUUUCUAAUUAUAUAGUGAAUAGUGAAUGUGGGUAUUGUACAAAUAUAUCUAAAAAUAUAUAGAUAUUAUAAAAUGUCUCACAGAACGCCUAGUUUUCAACUAUGUGAUUUAUUUCCGAGAGAAAUUGAUAUUGAAGUGUGUCUAAAAACCUUGAAAAUAUUUCAAAAACUGGAAGGAGAUGUGAACUGUGUCGUAUGGGAUGCUUCUCUAGUUCUGGCGAAAUAUUUGGAGACUAUGUGCCAAUCAAAGCCAGACUUCCUAAGUGGUGUCAGAGUUCUAGAGCUAGGGUCUGGACUGGGGGUUGUUGGUCUAACAGCAGCUACAUUGGGGGCACAAGUAACACUCACUGACUUGCCAGAAGCUCUUCCACUGCUUCGCUUAAACAUAACUGAAAACAAAACCAAGAUUGGCAGCAUGGGUGGAUAUGCAAUAGCAGAGUCCUUAGUAUGGGGUGACAAAAACUCAGAUAUUCAUAAGCAAGAAUUUGACAUGAUUGUUUUAGCUGACUGUGUUUACUAUGAAGAUGCAAUCGACCCUCUAAUAGAAACAUUACAGUGUUUAAAUAAUACAAUAAAGAAAAAGCCUACAAUAUAUUUGACUCAAGAGUUGAGGGAUUCAGAAAUACAGAAAAAGUUAUGGAGUGAUUUCUGUGAGAAAUUAGCGGAGUAUUUCUAUGUGGAAAAAAUACCUGAAGAUCAACAACAUGUUAAUUAUCGCAGCUCUGAUAUUUUAUUAUUAAAAUUAACAAAAAAAUGAUAUUUGUAUAGCUUUGAUCUUUGGUAAUUGAUUGAGCUUUACCUAUACAAAGAAAAAAACAUGUGUUUCAAACAAGAGAAAAUAACACAUAUUUUAAUAGUUAGGAAUUUCAUAAAAAAGAGUACUACUUAAACUAAAAGGAGAAUUACAUUACAAUUCAUCUCGAAUGAUCAAGUUUUAAAAAGAGCCAAUUGUGACCGAAGCCUCAUGACAAACAUUAAGAGGAAGAAAAGCGCAUUUUUCGGGCAACUGCAAAGGGGAACCCUCUUUGAGUUUCCUAGGUUGAGUCUAGACGGUAAGAUACCCGGAAAACGUGCUCCAGGAAGACAGCGAAGAAAGUGGAUAGAUGAUGUCAAAGAGUGGACCGAGCCAUAGUGGAGUGGCCAUAAUGGAGUGGACCAUAAACACAGCUUAAAAAUAUUGCAAAAGACCGGAGUAGUUUUCUACACAUGACCGCCAAACUUCAUCUGGAAGAAGGCACCUAAUGAUGAUGAUUAGAAUUACAUAAUAUGGAGUAUGUAAAUAUUUAAACAAGUGAUACUAUGUAAAUAUUUAAACAAGUAAUACCAUGAUAAAUAUUAAUUAAGUACUUGUGAACAUCAUUCAUAAUCUUUUGUGUAAAAAGUUUACAUACUAAGUUAGAUUUAAGUUUUAUGUAAUAAGCCUAAAGCUCAAAUAGAUUAAUAAAGGGAAUGUAGUUAUAUAAUAAAACUAGGGCUUGAAGAUAUAAAUAAUAAAGUGGUUAAAAGUU